GUCAGUCAGUAGGUCAGUGUGUUCGGGUAGGUCUACGUGGUGAGGAGUGGGACGCCUGUCGUGCACCAACACCACGAUGGAUGACUAUCCGAUGUAUGGGCUAUUUGCGGGGUUCUCCCUCUGGGGGACCCUCUGGCGUCUCCUCUUUACUCUGGGCUUUUGGCCCACUCUCACGUGUAGAGUAGGGCCCACUCGCGGUGGGACUUCCACCACCCCUUACACGAAGAAGGAGGAGGAGAAGAUGGCCGCCAUUCUGCAGGAGAAGGAGGAGGCCAAGAAGAAGGCCUUGAAGGAGGAGCAGGCGGCAAAAUUAAAGAAGAUGGAAGAAGAGAUGGCCAGGGAGAAAGAGAAGUUGAAAAAGGAAGAAGAAGAGAAGCUGAAGGAGGUGGAUGAAGAAGAGGAAGGACCGCCACUGCAAAGGAGUAGUGGGCAGCCCAGUAGUAAUACCGGUGGAGACAUAGAGAAGAGGAUAUCUGACUGUGGGAGAAGAGAGAAGAGCAGAAGCYAGGACAUAGCGGUGCGCUCGAUACGGUUGGGGUUUCGAGACUUUACUCGUGAGCUGGUAGGCGCCGUUGAAGUCGAGGUGGGUCAUCGCUUCGACAAGACUGAGCGGUUCUGCGCCGGCGCCAUUGAAGGCGUCAAGGCGGCAGCUCCCAAGGAGGAGGAAGCACGUCCUCCUCGCCGGGAGCCUGUCAAAGUCAAGUUCCCGGAUUCCUACAGCGGGAAGAGGGAGGAAAACUUUGACAAUUGGGAGGCCAACGUUAAGACCUAUGUGCACUUGCAACAGGUCUCCCUAGAUCAGCAAGUCUUAAUUGCUAUCCACGCACUGAGAGAUGAGGCCGCSAGUUUUGCAAGGUCCCUAGUUCGCGCUGCCAACUGUAGUGAUGAUCCCGUUGCGUACUCCUCAUUUACGUCCCUCACCGAAUUUAUGAAGUUGUUGCGCGAGCGAUUUGCUGAUGUCGCUCGCAGUGUCAAGGCCUCAGACAAGCUUCAAACCAUCCAUUCUCGUAAAUGGAAGAGUGCCAGGGCACUCAAGGGUACAAUGGAUGAGUUGGUGGCCAUCCCUGACCAUGGGGUCACAGAGGGCCAGUUGGUCAACCUCUUUUACCGGGCUAUUCCCGAAGCCUUUCGAGGGCAGUUCUUCGCGAAAAGCGAAGACCCUGCCACCACUUACGAUUCUCUUAGUUGUGAGGUGGUGGCUUUUGAAGCAAAGUCAGUAUCUCUGUCUACCUUCUGGCACAAAGACUUGGACAGGGGUAAGCAAUGGAAAGGCCGCACUAUCUCAGGGCAGGUAAAGACCAAGGAUAGCCUUGUCCUGACUUUAGAUGAGGGUAGUGUAGAUGAGAUUCCCUACGACCAGAUUGAGUGGGGAUUAGAGGAGGCGGACAACGGUGUGGGUCAGGGGAGAUCCUACGCUGCUGUCUUGGAAAAGCUGAGGGAAGCUAACUUCAAGAUCAAUGCAAAGAAGUGCGAUUGGGCGAAGACCCAAGUUUUGUAUUUAGGCCACGUCUUAGACGGAGAUGGCGUUAAGCCAGAGGAUAGCAAGAUCGCAGCGAUUAGAGAUUGGCCCACGCCACGUACGCUGACAGAGUUGCGCUCGUUCYUGGGCUUAGCAAAUUACUAUAGGAAGUUCGUGAGGAACUUCUCCACCAUCGCUGCGCCCCUUCGCAGAUUGCUAAGAAAAGAGACAAUCUGGAAGUGGGACAAGGACUGCACGUCUGCCAUGAAGAAGCUAAAGCAGGCAUUGAUAGAGUACGCGGUCCUUAAGGUCGCCGAUCCGUCCUUGCCUUUUGUCGUUACUACGGAUGCUAGCCAGUACGGCGUAGGCGCAGUGUUGCAGCAAGACGAUGGCACUGGGUAUAGACCCGUAGAGUUCAUGUCCGCCAGAAUGCCUUCAGAGAAGGUCGCGACAUCUACCUAUGAGAGGGAACUCAACGCUCUCAGGCAAGCGUUAGACCACUGGAAGCACUGCUUGCUUGGGAGGCACUUCAAAGCCUAUUCUGACCAUGAAACGUUACGAUGGUUAAAGACGCAGGCCAAGAUGACACCUAAGCUUACUAGGUGGGCCGCCGAGAUUGAUCAGUACGACUUCGAGCUCAAGCCUGUCAAGGGGAAGUACAACGUAGUUGCGGAUGCUCUGAGUAGGAGGGCAAAUUACUUCGGGGCGAUAGUGCAUUACCUCGAUAUAGGGAAAGACCUGCAGCAAGAGGUUAGAGAGGCCUAUGCAYAGGACCCUAUCUAUARURACCUCCUUAAGAAAGUCAAAGAGGCCCCAGAGACUGAGCCGAAUUACCGCACUACUGAAGGAUUGCUAUUUGAGAAUACUAAUGUCUUUGACCGGUUGUGCAUCCCCAAUAGCGAAAAGAUCCGUAGUCUGAUCUUGGGAGAAUGCCACGACACAGAGGGUCAUUUUGGUUGGCAAAAGACCUUAGCCAAUCUGAUGCGCGCGUAUACCUGGCYAGGGAUGAAGAAUGACUGCGUAGAGUAUGUUCGCAGUUGUAAGGUCUGCCAGCGAAACAAGUCUUCUAUGCGUGCCCCGUUAGGUCUUCUCAGACCCUUGCCCAUUCCGGAUCAGCCGGGAGACUCAGUGUCAAUAGAUUUCAUGGACACUCAAKUCAAAAGCAGGCAUGGCAAGAGCCAAGUCAUGGUCAUAGUUGACCGCUUUAGCAAGUACGCAGUUUUUAUUCCUUUGCCUUCUGAGGCGCGUACUGAUUUAGUCAUACAGAGGUUCUUUGACUGUUGCGUUAGUGAGAAUGGAAUCCCGCUGUCUAUAGUUAGCGAUAGAGAUAGUCGCUUUACCAGCCAGAACUGGCAAGAACUCAUGGGAGUAUAUGGAUCUAAGUUGUUGAUGUCGUCCGACCGCCAUCCAGAGACUAACGGUCAGACAGAGCAAAUGAACAAAAUCCUACAGCAAGUUCUGCGCAUGUACAUUAGGCCAGAUCAGAUUAACUGGGAUGAGAUGUUACCUAAGGUAGCUAGUGCAUAUAAUAACAGUGUGCAUCUGUCCACCUGCCGCACUCCCAACGAACUGCACGUCUUUUAGGCCCCGUAGACCAUUUGAAGGACUUAGCCGGGAUCAGAUUCACAGAUUGCCACCCGGGACCAGGGAGUUUGCUGUGCAACACG